CCAGCUUGGUUGGCUAGUAGUAUUGUAGGACCUAUAAUCUCCAGGCAAUCUGGAUCAACCUUUCCAGUUCCGGUAUUGAACAGCGGCAGUUUGAGCAGAGAAGCACAGCCCCCUGGUUUCUCUCCGUAGCGUGUCCCUCCUUGCGCUCUGCUCUCUCACAGGCAGACAUGGAUGAUGGUCCGUCUUCGACAAGCUGUUUUCGAAGGAUAACGGACUGUUUUCUGGGCCCAAGUCUGACGGAUGACAAAGUGAAGGCCUACCUCUCCCUUCACCCUCAGAUGCUGGAUGAGUUUGUAUCGGAGAGCGUGAGUUCAGAGACACUGGACAGAUGGCACAAGAGGAAGAGCAGCGGUAGCCUGCCUGCAGAUGACACGUCAUCAGGCAGUAGGUACCAGGACAGUAACAUGCAGAACGUGGUACAUGACCUCACCAGUUACCUGGAACAGCGGCUGGACCCCGGAGGAGACAACAAGCUUCUAUUCUAUGACUUGUGCACCAUCAUCAAAACAGCCACGAAAGCAGACGGAUUUGCACUUUACCACUUGGGAGAAUGCAACAAUAGCUUGUGUUUGUUUAAACCGGCGGGGGCUAAGGACGGUCCUCCCACCUUCAUCCCAGCUGGUCCCAUCACGUUUGGGACCACCAUCGCCGCUCAUGUCGCCACAACACGCAAAAUACUGCUAGUAGAGGACAUCACAGGGGACGAGCGUUUCCCUGAAGGCACAGGGCAGUACUCAGACUCAGGGAUUCAUGUUCACUCUGUCCUGUGCCUCCCCAUCCUCACGGCCAUCGGUGACCUCAUAGCUAUCCUGGAGCUGCAUCGGCACAGAGGCCACGAGCCCUUCAAUAUCAGCAACCAGGAGGUUGCGACGGCGAGUUUAGCAUGGGCAGCUGUAGCUAUUCACCAAGUACAGGUUUGCAGAGGCCUAGCCAAACAGACCGAGCUCAAUGACUUCCUGCUAGAUGUGUCAAAAACGUACUUUGACAACAUCGUGGCAAUAGAUUCUCUACUUGAACACAUAAUGAUAUAUGCAAAAAACCUGGUGAAUGCGGACAGAUGUGCACUGUUCCAGGUGGACCACAAUAACAAUGAACUGUACUCAGACCUGUUUGACAUCGGGGAGGAGAACGAGGGCAAACCUGUCUUCAGGAAAACCAAAGAGAUUAGGUUCUCUAUAGAGAAAGGUAUAGCGGGCCAAGUGGCACGGACGGGGGAGGUCCUUAACAUCCCAGACGCCUAUGCAGACCCACGGUUUAAUAGAGACGUAGACCUCUAUACGGGCUACACCACGCGAAACAUCCUAUGCAUGCCCAUCGUUUCCAGGGGGACCGUAAUAGGGGUCGUACAGAUGGUUAACAAGCUGAGUGGAAGUGCCUUCACCAAAACAGACGAGAACAACUUCAAGAUGUUCGCCGUCUUCUGUGCUCUAGCCUUGCACUGUGCCAAUAUGUACCACCGGAUCAGGCACUCUGAGUGUAUCUACAGGGUAACCAUGGAGAAGUUGUCCUACCACAGUAUCUGUACUUCAGAGGAGUGGAAGACCCUCACGAAGCUGGACCUUCCCACGCCCCUAUACAAAGAGAUAGAACUGUUUCAUUUUGACAUUAGUCAGUUUGAGGAGCUGUGGCCGGCUGUCUUUGUUUACAUGGUCCACAACUCAUGUGGAGAGACCAGUUUUGAGCUGGAGAAGUUGUGCAGGUUCACUAUGUCUGUGAGGAAGAAUUAUCGGCGUGUUCCCUACCACAACUGGAAACAUGCGGUGAACGUGGCUCACUGUAUGUACGCCAUACUACAGAAGACCACCGGCAUCUUCACUGAGAUAGAGAAGAAGGGUCUGCUGAUAGCCUGUCUAUGUCAUGAUCUGGACCAUCGAGGAUACAGUAACACCUACCUGCAGAAGUUUGACCAUCCUCUAGCUGCCCUGUACAGCACGUCUACAAUGGAACAGCACCACUUCUCCCAGACUGUAUCCAUCCUGCAGCUGGAAGGGCACAAUGUUUUCUCCAACCUGACUUCCAGUGAGUACGAGCAGGUGUUAGAGAUCAUCCGCAAGGCCAUCAUCGCUACAGACCUGGCGCUCUACUUCGGCAACCGCAAACAGCUAGCUGAGCUACUGACCACGGAGGCACUGGACCUAGACAACCACCAACACAGGGACCGUGUGAUUGGUCUGAUGAUGACAGCAUGUGACCUGUGUUCCGUUACCAAGCUGUGGCCAAUCACACGACUCACGGCUAAUGACAUCUACGCUGAGUUCUGGGCCGAGGGGGAUGAGAUGAAGAAGAUAGGUAUACAGCCCAUCCCUAUGAUGGACAGAGAUAAGAAGGAAGAGGUUCCUCAGGGGCAGGUGGGGUUCUACAAUGCUGUUGCACUCCCAUGUUAUACCACCUUAUCUGAGCUCUUCCCCCCUUCCAGCCCUCUUCUACAAGCCUGCAAGGAGAACCUUGGUCAGUGGGAGAAGAUCGUAAAUGGAGAGGAGGAGGACAGUGGAGUGAGAGGAGUGUGGGCUCCGUCAGAGCCUGUUGACCCCAGGGCAGAGCCUGUUGACCCCAGGGCAGAGCCUGUUGACCCCAGGGCAAAGCCUGUUGAACCCGGGGUAGAGCCCAGCACUGAGGCACCAUCGAACCAGGACUCAGGCCCUGUGAAGGUGGACAACUGACUGGCAGUGAAGCCGCGGCUCGCCCUCACUACUUCACAUGUCAAUACGCCCUCAACACAUCCCCUGCCAUUAACAGGCACUACUUCCUGUCUGAACUGUUAGAGAGCCUCACUUCAUGCUGAAACAGGAAGGAGGGGGACACAUGCAUAGGGACGAGGGCAGGUGAUUGGUGGAUUUCACAAACAAGGGGAUUCUUUUCAGGACCACACAGUUACCUCAUUGGGUGAAGGAGGUGAGGAGUUAUAACCCUGACAGUGUUCAUUGCUCCGUAGACACACAGAUGGCCAGCUGGUGGACAGUGGGGUCUGGUUCAUUAGGCACGAAUGGAAGCGAACCGGCCGAAACAGGGAGGAACUACCUGGACUUGUCCUUGAGGUGGGGACUCACCUGAUCAACUCCACUGCUUGGGAACCAAUUCAUACCUAUCCAAAUGGAUCCGUAUGUCUGUGGUGUUGUUGUUUUUUUUUGUCUGUUUUAGUUGGUUUGUUUUUUUAAUAGAUUUAAAUUGUGGCUGGUUUGUUUUAUGUUCCGGUCUUGUGAUUUGCAGAGGCCUUAGUCUUUACACUCUAAUCCUUUAACAAGGUCAGGAGGUGUGAAAUCUUGACUGUUUUUUUUGUUUUGUUUGUCGCUUCAGACUUUAUGAAUGUGUCUGAAAUGGCACCCUAAUCCACUACAUAGUGCACUACUUUUGACCGGAGCAAAAUGGGCCCUGUUCAAAAGUAGUGCACUGUAUUGGUACUGUUUGUUUGCCUGCAGUGGUAGACCGACUAACUUAUCGCAAGCAGAACUACAUGGGAGGAGGUGGUUGGCUCUCAAAGAGAGACAGAAAAAAUGUUUAUUAGCAUGUCGCAAUGAAUGUUCUAGAAUGUUUUCUGGCACUUUGAGCAACAAAGUGUUUUUGAAGUACUUGAAUGAAGACAUAUCGAAGAAGAAAAAAAAAACAUACAGCCCUAGUCUAUUCUAUUCAGAAACAGCGUCUUGUGUAAAGCACAGACAGACAAAGUUAGUGUGACCAACGGGGCUGAGUUAGAUCAUGUCAACAUUUAGCAAGUCGUGUCACACGAGGGUCACAAUGUUCUAUGCAGAAAUAGCACCCAACACCCAGGCAGACCUGAGUUCAAACAUUUUUUUAAAUCAUUUCAAAUACUUCAUCUGGGCUUGAUUGAGCUUGCCUGGCACAAUAAAACAAUUAGAAGAGUUGCAAGUGGAAAUCCUGCCCAUCUGGCAAUAUAUGCAGGCUAAAGCAAUUGCUAAAAGUAUUUGAAAGAUUUCCAAUAGUGUUUAAACCUACCAGGUCUGCAUCUCGCCACCCCGCUACUUGCCACAAUCAGUCUUUUAGGUUCUAGAACCCAGAGCUUUAGGCAAUCAGUCUUUUAGGUUCUAGAACCCAGAAUAUUGGGCAAUCAGUCUUUUAGGUUCUAGAACCCAUAACCUUGGGCAAUCAGUCUUUUCGGUUCUAGAACCCAGAGCUUUAGGCAAUCAGUCCUUUAGGUUCUAGAAUCCAUAACCUUGGGCAAUCAGUCUUUUAGGUUCUAGAACCCAGAACUUUAGGCAAUCAGUCUUUUAGGUUCUAGAACCCAAAAUCUUGGGCAAUCAAUCUUUUAGGUUCUAGAACCCAGAAUCUUGGGCAAUCAAUCUUUUAGGUUCUAGAACCCAGAACCUUGGGCAAUAAGUCUGUUUUUGAGCUCUAGUUGUAGACUGGUCUCAGAUCUGUUUGUGCUGUCUUACCAACUAGAACAGCUCCCGAGUCAAGUCCAAUGAUACAUUGAUUCUCUGUACUGCGUUCAUAGCACACCAAGUCACAGGACAGACGCGCACAUUGCUACAGCGUUGAUUUAAAAUGAAUAGAUAUUGAUUGAUAGCGAGAACAUUAUGUCAAGACAGCAGGCAUAAGGAAUACGCUAUAGGGUUCCCCGGUUUUCCAGAUAUCUUGGUUGAAAGACUCUUGGAAUAACGAAGGAAUAAGGAGCAAAUCAAGGAAUCCGUCAACCAGGAUUUCUAGAAAACCGGGGAAUUUGGGAAAGUUACCACGAUUACUACAUUUUCAUUUAUCAUUUGAAAACAUUGAUUUUGUGAGUAAUACUAUAUACCUCAAUUAAUGUAAUAUCGACAGUAAAUAAUCUUUGAUAUUUUUCUCACCAUUUCUAGUUGUAUUCAUAAAACGUUUGAGGGAUAUGUAUGAUAAUCGGCCCGUAGCAUUGUCACUUGCUUGUUCUAUCCAAACGGUCUCCUUGCUCCCUGUGCGCCUCUGCCACAUGUGCUGGAGCAUGUCCAUGUCACAUAAACAACAAAAGCCGGUGAGUGCAUUGCUGAAGUUGUUUUCUUGCUUGAGACGUAAAGGCCUGCUCUCUCAGUGAUUACAUUUUGUGCUGAAAAUCGGCCCGUAGCAUCCAAACGGUGCCGUCCCUUCCUCUCCACUGUCUCACCGUUUCAGUUGGUGGCACAGGCACUUGCUCAGUGCGCACUGUUCUGGCUUUUUUUGCAGUUAAGCCUCGGGGGUAUAGGUUCAGGAUGAGGCUUAGUACUCGGGGGUGUAGGUUCAGGGUGAGGCUUAGUCCUCGGGGGUGUAGGUUCAGGAUGAGGCUUAGUCCUCGAGGGUGUAGGUUCAGGAUGAGGCUUAGUCCUCGAGGGUGUAGGUUCAGGGUGAGGCUUAGUCCUCGAGGGUGUAGGUUCAGGGUGAGGCUUAGUCCUCGGGGGUGUAGGUUCAGGAUGAGGCUUAGUCCUCGAGGGUGUAGGUUCAGGGUGAGGCUUAGUCCUCGGGGGUGUAGGUUCAGGAUGAGGCUUAGUCCUCGGGGGUGUAGGUUCAGGAUGAGUCUUAGUCCUCGGGGGUGUAGGUUCAGGAUGAGUCUUAGUCCUCGAGGGUGUAGGUUCAGGAUGAGGCUUAGUCCUCGAGGGUGUAGGUUCAGGAUGAGUCUUAGUCCUCGAGGGUGUAGGUUCAGGAUGAGUCUUAGUCCUCGAGGGUGUAGGUUCAGGAUGAGGCUUAGUCCUCGAGGGUGUAGGUUCAGGAUGAGUCUUAGUCCUCGUGGGUGUAGGUUCAGGAUGAGUCUUAGUCCUCGUGGGUGUAGGUUCAGGGUGAGGCUUAGUCCUCGGGGGUGUAGGUUCAGGAUGAGGCUUAGUCCUCGAGGGUGUAGUGGUCCCAUGGUGUUUAUGUUUGCCUACUAUUGUUUGUACAGAUGAACGUGGCACCUUCAGGCAUUUGGAAAUUGCUCCCAAGGAUGAACCAGACUUGUGGAGGUCUACAAUUUAUUUUCUGAGGUCUUGGCUGAUUUCUUUAGAUUUUCCCAUAAUGUCAAGCAAAGAGGCACUGAGUUUGAAGGUAGGCCUUUAAAUACAUUGUAACGGUUUUCUUUAGGUGAAAGAAAGUCGGACCAAAAUGCGGUGUGGCUAUUGAGAUUCAUGUUUAAUAAAAAAAAACUAAACACAAACACUACAAAACAAGAACCGAAAACCGAAACAGCCUAAACUGGUGCAAAGUAACACAGACAGAAACAAGGACAAUCACCCAUGACACACUCAAAGAAUAUGGCUGCCUAAAUAUGGUUCCCAAUCAGAGACAACGAUAAACACCUGCCUCUGAUUGAGAACCACUUCAGACAGCCAUAGACUUUGCUAGCAAACCCCACUAAGCCACAAUCCAAAUACCUAAGAAAAACCCCAAGACAAAACACACCACAUACAAAAACCCAUGUCACACCCUGGCCUGACCAAAUAGAUAAAGAAAACACAAAAUACUAAGACCAGGGUGUGUCAUACAUCCACAGGUACACCUCCAAUUGACUCGAAUGAUAUCAAUUAGCCUAAAGCCAUGACAUCAUUAUCUGGCAUUUUCCAAGCUGUUUAAAGGCACAGUCAACUUAGUGUAUGAAAACUUCUGACCCACUGGAAUUGUAAUAGAGUGAAUUAUAAGUGAAAUAAUCUGUCUGUAAACAAUUGUUGGAAAAAUGACUUGUGUCAUGCACAAAGUAGAUGUCCUAACCGACUUGCCAAAACUAUAGUUUGUUAACAAGAAAUUUGUUAACCUACCUAAGUGUAUGUAAACUUCCGACUUCAACUGUAUUUGUGAAAUUAGAUUUGGUACUGUUUAGGUUAAGUUUUGAGGCAAUUAUCGGUGUGAUUAUCAACUGGGCCCGGCACCUUCCACUGAAGUAGCGGAGCAGGUGCUACUGUAGGGAGAAGGAAGGGAGUAGGUCCUACUGUAAGGAGAAGGAGGGGAGCAGGCCCUACUGUAGGGAGAAGGAGGGAGCAGGUCCUACUGUAGGGAGAAGGAGGGGAGCAGGCCCUACUGUAGGGAGAGGGUGGGGAGCAGGCCCUACUGUAGGGAGAGGGAAGGGAGCAGACCCUACUGUCGGGAGAAGGAGGGGAGCAGGUCCUACUGUAGGGAGAAGGAGCGGAGCAGGCCCUACUGUAGGGAGAGGGAGGGGAGCAGGCCCUACUAUAGGGAGAAGGAGGGGAGCAGGCCCUGCUGUUGGGAGAAGGAAGGGAGCAGGUCCUACUGUAGGGAGAAGGAGGGGAGCAGGCCCUACUGUUGGGAGAAGGAGGGGAGCAGACCCUACUGUCAGUAGAAGGAGGGGAGCAGGCCCUACUGUCGGGAGAAGGAAGGGAGCAGGCCCUACUGUAGGGAGAAGGAGGGAGCAGGCCCUACUGUAGGGAGAAGGAGGGGAACAGGUCCUACUGUAGGGAGAUGGAGUGGAGCAGGCCCUACUGUAGGGAGAAGGAGGGGAGCAGGUCCUACUGUAGGGAGAAGGAGGGAGCAGGCCCUACUGUAGGGAGAAGGAGGGGAGCAGGUCAUACUGUAGGGAGAAGGAGGGGAGCAGGCUCUAAUGUAGGGAGUAGGAGGGGAGCAGAACCUACUAUAGGGAGAAGGAGGGGAGCAGGCCCUACUGUCGGGAGAAGGAGGGGAGCAGGCUCUAAUGUAGGGAGUAGGAGGGGAGCAGAACCUACUAUAGGGAGAAGGAGGGGAGCAGGUCCUACUGUAGGGAGAAGGAGGGGAGCAGGCCCUACUGUAGGGAGAAAAAGGGAGCAGAGCAGGUCCUACUGUAGGGAGAAGGAGCGGUGCAGGUCCUACUGUAGGGAGAAGGAGGAUGCAGGUCCUACUGUAGGGAGAAGGAGGGAGAGGGUCCUACUGUAGGGAGAAGGAGGGAGCAGGUCCUACUGUAGGGAGAAGGAGGGAGCAGGUCCUACUGUAGGGAGAAGGAGGGAGCAGGUCCUACUGUAGGGAGAAGGAAGGGAGCAGACCCUACUGUAGGGAGAAGGAGGGAGCAGGUCCUACUGUAGGGAGAAGGAAGGGAGCAGGCCCUACUGUAGGGAGAGGGUGGGGAGCAGGCCCUACUGUAGGGAGAAGGAGGGAGCAGGCCCUACUGUAGGGAGAAGGAGAGGAGCAGGCCCUACUGUAGGGAGAGGGUGGGGAGCAGGCCCUACUGUAGGGAGAAGGAAGGGAGUAGGUCCUACUGUAAGGAGAAGGAGGGGAGCAGGCCCUACUGUAGGGAGAAGGAGGGAGCAGGUCCUACUGUAGGGAGAAGGAGGGGAGCAGGCCCUACUGUAGGGAGAGGGUGGGGAGCAGGCCCUACUGUAGGGAGAGGGAAGGGAGCAGGCCCUACUGUAGGGAGAAGGAAGGGAGCAGGUCCUACUGUAGGGAGAAGGAGCGGAGCAGGCCCUACUGUAGGGAGAGGGAGGGGAGCAGGCCCUACUGUCGGGAGAAGGAGGGGAGCAGACCCUACUGUCGGUAGAAGGAGGGGAGCAGGUCCUACUGUAGGGAGAAGGAAGGGAGCAGGUCCUACUGUAGGGAGAAGGAGGGGAGCAGACCCUACUGUCGGUAGAAGGAGGGGAGCAGGCCCUGCUGUCGGGAGAAGGAAGGGAGCAGGUCCUACUGUAGGGAGAAGGACGGGAGCAGGUCCUACUGUAGGGAGAAGGAGCGGAGCAGGUCCUACUGUAGGGAGAAGGAGGGAGCAGGCCCUACUGUAGGGAGAAGGAGGGGAGCAGGUCAUACUGUAGGGAGAAGGAGGGGAGCAGGCUCUAAUGUAGGGAGUAGGAGGGGAGCAGAACCUACUAUAGGGAGAAGGAGGGGAGCAGGCCCUACUGUCGGGAGAAGGAGGGGAGCAGGCCCUACUGUCAGGAGAAGGAGGGGAGCAGGCCCUGCUGUCGGGAGAAGGAGGGGAGCAGGCCCUACUGUAGGGAGAAAAAGGGAGCAGAGCAGGUCCUACUGUAGGGAGAAGGAGCGGUGCAGGUCCUACUGUAGGGAGAAGGAGGAUGCAGGUCCUACUGUAGGGAGAAGGAGGGAGAGGGUCCUACUGUAGGGAGAAGGAGGGAGCAGGUCCUACUGUAGGGAGAAGGAGGGAGCAGGUCCUACUGUAGGGAGAAGGAGGGAGCAGGUCCUACUGUAGGGAGAAGGAAGGGAGCAGACCCUACUGUAGGGAGAAGGAGGGAGCAGGCCCUACUGUAGGGAGAAGGAGGGAGCAGGUCCUACUGUAGGUAGGAGUGAGCAGGUCCUACUGUAGGGAGAAGGAAGGGAGCAGGUCCUACUAUAGGGAGAAGGAGGGAGCAGGCCCUACUGUAGGGAGAAGGAGGGAGCAGGCCCUACUGGAGGGAGAAGGAAGGGAGCAGGUCCUACUGUAGGGAGAAGGAGUGAGCAGGUCCUACUGUAGGGAGAAGUAAGGGAGCAAGUCCUACUGUAGGGAGAAGGAGUGAGCAGGUCCUACUGUAGGGAGAAGUAAGGGAGCAAGUCCUACUGUAGGGAGAAGGAGGGAGCAGGUCCUACUGUAAGGAGAAGGAAGGGAGCAGGUCCUACUGUAGGGAGAAGGAGUGAGCAGGUCCUACUGUAGGGAGAAGUAAGGGAACAAGUCCUACUGUAGGGAGAAGGAGGGAGCAGGUCCUACUGUAAGGAUAAGGAGGGAGCAGGUCCUACUGUAGGGAGAAGGAGGGGAGCAGGUCCUACUGUAGGGAGAAGGAGGGAGCAGGCCCUACUGUAGGGAGAAGAGGGGAGCAGGUCCUACUGUAAGGAUAAGGAGGGAGCAGGUCCUACUAUAGGGAGAAGGAGGGGAGCAGGUCCUACUGUAGGGAGAAGGAGGGGAGCAGGCCCUGCUGUCGGGAGAAGGAGGGGAGCAGGCCCUACUGUAGGGAGAAAAAGGGAGCAGAGCAGGUCCUACUGUAGGGAGAAGGAGCGGUGCAGGUCCUACUGUAGGGAGAAGGAGGAUGCAGGUCCUACUGUAGGGAGAAGGAGGGAGAGGGUCCUACUGUAGGGAGAAGGAGGGAGCAGGUCCUACUGUAGGGAGAAGGAGGGAGCAGGUCCUACUGUAGGGAGAAGGAGGGAGCAGGUCCUACUGUAGGGAGAAGGAAGGGAGCAGACCCUACUGUAGGGAGAAGGAGGGAGCAGGCCCUACUGUAGGGAGAAGGAGGGAACAGGUCCUACUGUAGGUAGGAGUGAGCAGGUCCUACUGUAGGGAGAAGGAAGGGAGCAGGUCCUACUAUAGGGAGAAGGAGGGAGCAGGCCCUACUGUAGGGAGAAGGAGGGAGCAGGCCCUACUGGAGGGAGAAGGAAGGGAGCAGGUCCUACUGUAGGGAGAAGGAGUGAGCAGGUCCUACUGUAGGGAGAAGUAAGGGAGCAAGUCCUACUGUAGGGAGAAGGAGUGAGCAGGUCCUACUGUAGGGAGAAGUAAGGGAGCAAGUCCUACUGUAGGGAGAAGGAGGGAGCAGGUCCUACUGUAAGGAGAAGGAAGGGAGCAGGUCCUACUGUAGGGAGAAGGAGUGAGCAGGUCCUACUGUAGGGAGAAGUAAGGGAACAAGUCCUACUGUAGGGAGAAGGAGGGAGCAGGUCCUACUGUAAGGAUAAGGAGGGAGCAGGUCCUACUGUAGGGAGAAGGAGGGGAGCAGGUCCUACUGUAGGGAGAAGGAGGGAGCAGGCCCUACUGUAGGGAGAAGAGGGGAGCAGGUCCUACUGUAAGGAUAAGGAGGGAGCAGGUCCUACUAUAGGGAGAAGGAGGGGAGCAGGUCCUACUGUAGGGAGAAGGAGGGAGCAGGCCCAACUGUAGGGAGAAGGGGGGAGCAAGUCCUACUGUAGGGAGAAGGAGGGGAGCAGGUCCUACUGUAGGGAGAAAGAGCACAGCAGGCCCUACUGUAGGGAGAAGGGGUGGUAGUGUGGGGGUGGUGGGAGUAGAGGGGCCCCCACAAAUGUGGAUGAAUCACUAAAUAAACUGCAGUUUGUGCUAAACACGGCUGCUAGAAUCUUGACUAGAACCAACAUAUUUGAUCAUAUUACUCCAGUGCUAGCCUCUCUACACUGGCUUCCUGUUAAGGUUUGGGCUGAUUUCAAAGCUUUACUGCUAACCUACAAAGCAUUACAUCUUUCUGAUUUUAUCCUGCCGUACAUACCUACCCGUACGCUACGGUCACAACCAUGCUGUUUAUCUGACAGGUACUGGACCCCAACCCUGCUGUUUUUCUGGCAGGUACUGGACCUCAACCCUGCUGUUUUUCUGACAGGUACUGGACCCCAACCCUGCUGUUUAUCUGACAGGUACUGGACCCCAACCCUGCUGUUUAUCUGACAGGUACUGGACCCCCAACCCUGCUGUUUAUCUGACUGGUAUUAGACCACAACCAUGGUGGUUAUCUUGACAGGUACUGGACCUCAACCCUGCUGUUUAUCUGACAGGUACUGGACCCCAACCCUACAGUUAAUCUGACAGGUACUGGACCCCAACCCUGGUGGUUAUCUGACAGGUACUGGACCCCAACCCUGGUGGUUAUCUGACUGGUACUGGACCCGAACCCUGCUGUUUAUCUGAUUUUAUCCAUAUACAGUAUUAGGUGUGUAAUGAUCAAAUCAAUCACAUUUUAUUCAUCACAUGCUUGAUAAACAACAGAUGUGGACUAACAGUGAAAUGCUUACUGACGGGCCCUUCCCAAUAACGCAGAGAGAAACCACAUAGAAAUAGAAUAGAAAAGCAACAAAAACGUAAUAAUACAAGUAACAAUGGAUACACAAUGAGUAACGAUAACAUGGCUACCAGUCAAUGUGCAGGGGUAGGAGGUAAUAUCAUGGCUAUAUACAAGGGGUACCAGUCAAUGUGCAGGGGUAGGAGGUAAUAUCAUGGCUAUAUACAAGGGGUACCAGUCAAUGUGCAGGGGUAGGAGGUAAUAACAUGGCAACAUACAAGGGGUACCAGUACUGAGUUAAUGUACAGGGGUAGGAGGUAAUAACAUGGCUAUAUACAAGGGGUACCAGUACUGAGUUGAUGUACAGGGGUAGGAGGUAAUAACAUGGCUACAUACAAGGGGUACCAGUACUGAGUUAAUUUGCAGGGGUAGGAGGUAAUAUCAUGGCUAUAUACAAGGGGUACCAGUCAAUGUGCAGGGGUAGGAGGUAAUAACAUGGCUAUAUACAAGGGGUACCAGUACUGAGUUGAGGGUGAUAUUGUAGUAGCAGAGAGAACAGUCUAUGACUAGGGCGAUAAUGCAGUAGCAGAGAGAACAGUCUAUGACUAGGGCGAUAAUGUAGUAGCAGAGAGAACAGUCUAUGACGUGGGCGAUAAUGUAGUAGCAGAGAGAACAGUCUAUGACUAGGGUGAUAAUGUAGUAGCAGAGAGAACAGUCUAUGACUUGGGCGAUAAUGCAGUAGCAGAGAGUACAGUCUAUGGCUAGGGUGAUAAUGUAGUAGCAGAGAGAACAGUCUAUGACUAGGGCGAUAAUGUAGUAGCCGAGAGAACAGUCUAUGACUAGGGCGAUAAUGUAGUAGCAGAGAGAACAGUCUAUGACUAGGGCGAUAAUGCAGUAGCAGAGAGAACAGUCUAUGACUUGGGCGAUAAUGCAGUAGCAGAGAGAACAAUCUAUGACUAGGGUGAUAAUGUAGUAGCAGAGAGAACAGUCUAUGACUAGGGCGAUAAUGCAGUAGCAGAGAGAACAGUCUAUGACUAGGGUGAUAAUGUAGUAGCAGAGAGAACAGUCUAUGACUAGGGUGAUAAUGCAGUAGCAGAGAGAACAGUCUAUGACUAGGGCGAUAAUGCAGUAGCAGAGAGAACAGUCUAUGACUAGGGUGAUAAUGUAGUAGCAGAGAGAACAGUCUAUGACUAGGGUGAUAAUGCAGUAGCAGAGAGAACAGUCUAUGACUAGGGUGAUAAUGCAGUAGCAGAGAGAACAAUCUAUGACUAGGGUGAUAAUGUAGUAGCAGAGAGAACAGUCUAUGACUAGGGCGAUAAUGCAGUAGCAGAGAGAACAGUCUAUGACUAGGGUGAUAAUGUAGUAGCAGAGAGAACAGUCUAUGACUAGGGUGAUAAUGUAGUAGCAGAGAGAACAGUCUAUGACUAGGGUGAUAAUGUAGUAGCAGAGAGAACAGUCUAUGACUAGGGUGAUAAUGCAGUAGCAGAGAGAACAGUCUAUGACUAGGGUGAUAAUGUAGUAGCAGAGAGAACAGUCUAUGACUAGGGUGAUAAUGUAGUAGCAGAGAGAACAGUCUAUGACUAGGGUGAUAAUGCAGUAGCAGAGAGAACAGUCUAUGACUAGGGUGAUAAUGUAGUAGCAGAGAGAACAGUCUAUGACUAGGGUGAUAAUGUAGUAGCAGAGAGAACAGUCUAUGACUAGGGUGAUAAUGCAGUAGCAGAGAGAACAGUCUAUGACUAGGGUGAUAAUGUAGUAGCAGAGAGAACAGUCUAUGACUAGGGCGAUAAUGCAGUAGCAGAGAGAACAGUCUAUGACUAGGGUGAUAAAGUAGUAGCAGAGAGAACAGUCUAUGACUAGGGUGAUAAUGUAGUAGCAGAGAGAACAGUCUAUGACUAGGGUGAUAAUGUAGUAGCAGAGAGAACAGUCUAUGACUAGGGUGAUAAUGUAGUAGCAGAGAGAACAGUCUAUGACUAGGGUGAUAAUGCAGUAGCAGAGAGAACAGUCUAUGACUAGGGUGAUAAUGUAGUAGCAGAGAGAACAGUCUAUGACUUGGGCGAUAAUGCAGUAGCAGAGAGAACAAUCUAUGACGUGGGUGAUAAUGUAGUAGCAGAGAGAACAGUCUAUGGCUAGAGCGAUAUUGUAGUAGCAGAGAGAACAGUCUAUGACGUGGGUGAUAAUGUAGUAGCAGAGAGAACAGUCUAUGGCUAGAGCGAUAAUGCAUACAUGCUGGAAUUCAAUUAGGACACAGAACGCUGUAUGCUUUAUAUGGUGCUAACUUACAAUGGCAGUCAUGCACUUUCUGACCGUGUGUGUGUGUGUGUGUGUGUGUGUGUGUGUGUGUGUGUGUGUGUGUGUGUGUGUGUGUGUGUGUGUGUGUGUGUGUGUGUGUGAAUGUGUGUGUGUGUGUGUGUGUGCAAGUGAAUGUGUGUGUGUGUGUGUGCGCAAGUGAAUGUGUGUGUGUUUGAGCUUUUGACUGCCCUCCCCCCUCUCCCUUCUCCCUUCACUUCCUCCCUCCACCCCCCACUUGAAUGUCAGGGAGGCCUCACUGCACUGCCCCUCUUCACUGCCCAGCACCAGUCAUCUAUUCCUGUCCGUCUCCCAAAUUACACCCUAUCCUAUAUAAAGUGCUAACAUUUUCACCAGGGUCCAUAGGAGCCGAAUCUGGUUAAAGGUAGUGAACUAUAUAGGGUUUAGGGUACCAUUUAGGAUGCAUACUAUUUCUGCACUAUGUUUAGCUUUUUUACAAUCAUUAUUAUUAUCAAUGAUUAUUAUAUUAUUAAUGCUAUUAUUAUGACUAUUGUUAUUUUCUGAAAUUGGAGUUUAAAUUGACUUAUAUUUUUUUAUACAAAGAAAAAAAAAGAUGUUGGCCGUUUUGUUUUUGUACAAAGUGAACAUGAAGAGAAACAGAAUGGUUUAGACAUGUUUUAAUAAUUGUUAUAAGAAUGGUCUAAUACAUGUUAUAUGAAUGUCUAAGACAUCUUAUAAUGACUUUUAUACGAAUGGUCUCGAUAUGAUGUAACUGUUAUAAGAAUGUUCUCAACGUGUUAUAAGAAUGGUCUAAUACAUGUUAUAGCUGUUAUAUGAAUGGUAUCAAGAAAUGUUAUAAUAACUGUCUUAAGAAUGGUCUUGGACGUGUUAAACUAUUAUAAUAACUGUCUAGACAUGGUAUAACUGAGGAGUGACUCAACUGUAAAUGUAAGAGAGCAGGAAUGAGGAUGAGUUUUAUAAAAAAAAAUAUCUUGAAAACACUCAAUAUCCUUUCCUGUGUGAGCUUUCAUGACUGUUUCACAGUGCUUCAAAACUGUAUGUCUGUUUUAGCUACUAAAAACCUAGAAUG